GCUUGCGGAGAUCGAAGCACUUGCGUUAGGGUAGAACCCACACUGUGAGGGGCCCUCUCUGUGUCCGUGUGUCUGUGUCCCUCUCUUGUUGGUGUGAAUACCCGCAGAUGCAGCAGCAGAAGACGAAGAGGAAGAAGAAGACGUGGAGGAGGAGAAAGCAAGAAGAGGCGUGGUAGGAGAAGAAGAAGAAGAAGAAGAAGAACCGAGGGCAAGCGAAACAAGAGGCAAAGGGUUGUAGUUUUGGACGUCCUUGUGCAACUGGGGGUCGGGAGACACACGAUGUGUUUACUAUGCCUUGCGUCUAGGUGGUCGCGGCGGAUCGUCGCCAUGCUGCCAUGGCUCAUUAUCCCCUUGAUUAUCCUUUGGGCUUUGUCGCAACUUCUGCCUUCGAAUUUCCAGUUUGAAGUCACCUCUCCCAAACUUGCGUGCGUGGGGGUUUUGCUCGUGAGUCUUGGAUGGUAUGAGUUGGCCAUUCCCCAGCUGACCGUCUGGCGAUCGAAGCGCAGCUAUAUGCUGCAAGAGCGUAGACGGUUGGAGGCUCUGGAGGCUGCGAAGUUGCGCAAAUUGGCCACUCGACUCUGUCGCAAUUGCUCGUCUCCGUAUCGAUUUCAGACGCCGGUAGGUGGCAAAUUCGUGUGCACUUUUUGUGGGCAUGUCUCCCGUAGGCCGGUGUUAGAUGUGCCGCCCGGCACCGCCAAUGUUGCUGGCAGUGCAGAGACGUGUAGUGAAUCUGAUUCCGCCGUGACUCGCCAAUCUUGGUCCGGCAGCGGGAACAGGUUAGACAAACGAGUGGUGCAUCUGGGAGAUAGUAGGGGAGGCUUAUGGGGUUUCAUCGGCUGGCUGUAUAGCCUGAAAUUUUCUGCUCUCGGGGUUAUUCGUGGUUGGAAAGCACGCGAAGGGGCCCCGAUGGGUCAUUCCUUGUCAAUGGAGGUGUCAUAUUGGUGUGCUUUGUGUCCACAAGGGGAUGCCGAGCGUAGCAAUGACAAUUCCACACGAUUGCUUGACAACGAGACUUGUCGUCGAUAUUCCUCAUUUCCAUUCUUAACGCUCCGGAUGUUGUUUAUACUUAUUGUUCGCCUGAGAUCACUAUUCCAAAAGGCAUGGUAUGAGGCCUCUGGUAGGGCAAAGUCGUCUGUGAGUGGGCGAGCAGGGAGUCAGCAUCUUCGGGAAGGUGCGAAUUGUAGAAAAUGGAGUAGGAGUGAGAAGGCUCGCCGGAAAGCCGAGGAGAAGAGACAGGCUAGAAUAACGAAGGAGCAGAUAGAGGCUGACGAGAACAGGCAACGUGAGGAAGUGGCUCGACUUGUGGAGGAACGACGGCGACUUCGGGACGAGGCACUCGAGGCAGAACGAGUGACUAAGUGGGGUGUAGCGACAGAUAGAGACUCAGAGUUCCACUGGGAUGGGGUAGGAAAGCACUGUCACCAAGCCAAGUGCGUAGAGAAGGAUACGCUAAAUGGGAGACUUAUUCUACCUGACUUAGUAGAUGACACCAAUUGCGUGGUAAAAGAAGAGCGUCAGAAGAGAGAUGUCAGAGGGAAGAAUUCUCAUGGGCGAAAAUCAAACGAGGUUGGCAAGAAGCUGGGUGUAAGGAGGUCGCUGGUAACUGCCAAAGAAAUUGCGAAAUCGGCUUCAAAGUCGGACAGAGCGGAUCACAAUGCGAGGGGCACAGAUAUGAAUAAUGCAGGAUCUUCUAAAGUAGGAAGAUGCAGUGGAACGCUUCCUUUUCCUGUCGCUACCGACACAAAGAUGCAAAACAUGAUCGCGACACCCACUUGGAAUAAGAGCUCUGCUGUAGCACUUAGCCCCGCGAAAACGUCGAGGUCUUCUGGAAACAGCGUUGUUGAAAAUAAUGGUAACUUAUGUAAAAACAUAUUGUCAUCAAGCGGACAUCAUCUGGAUCGUGGCCUACGUGCAUGGAACAAUAUCCGUUGGCGUAAUGUUUGGGGUAGGGUUGCCUCAACAUCCUCACUUGAAGAAUGCGAUGCUCCACCUGCCCCGUCAAACAACUUAAAUUUGAAGUCUACUUCUUGUAGUGAUUUUUUGAAGGAAGAGAAUUGGUUUGAAGGCAAUUCCUACCUGGAGUCAAAAAAUUCUGCUGACCUGGGGGAUGACCUUAUUACUCAGUCUGGAGUGUCUCCACUUCAGACGUUUCCUAGGCAAAGUCUCAGAGAAAAAAACUAUGUUGCACCAAUUGGACCUCAACAAGUCAAUUGCACACCACCGUCACGUGUGUUGAACAGCACCCAUUCAGUUUCUGGAGAAGCUGCAUCCCCCGGGAUAAUGGGGUCAUGGGUGGACGUGCUUAAAGGUAGAAGUCAGUCAGCAUUGGUUCCUGAGGAUUAUGCUGCGGAUGAUGCUGUUGAGAAUGGUAACUGGAAAAUGUGGGAAUCUCCACAGCUCGAUCACAUACAGCUCUCUUGCAGCGAGAAUUCUUCUAGCUCUUUAGCUUGGAUGCUUCCGCCAGGGCUUUUUUCUGAUUUGGGAAACUCAAGUUGUAUGGGUGUCUCUGCCCAGCUGGAGCCUCAGUUGCCCAAUUGUUUUUUUCCGUCGCAGCCAGGAUACAGUUGCUCAAACUGUCCUGCGACGUUGCCCUCAAACACUCCGAGUCUAUGGUCUAGCGACCCUUCUUUUAUUUUCGGGUCAACGACUCCACAACAAGCUGCUGGAGUUGCUGGGUGCAUCUCAGAGAUCGUGAUGGAGGAACCGAUGAAGAUCACGGACGACUGUUUCUUUAAGCAUUCAUCCAUACUGCGCGAGCCCCAGAUUUAUGAUUCUAGCACCACAUCAGGCGAGUGUGUGGCUCCAUAUUCUACGACGUUGCCCUCAAACACUCCAAGUUUAUGGACAGGCGAGCCGUCUUUUGUUUUUAGGUCAACAACUUCACAACAAGCUGCUGGAGUUACUGGGUUCGUCUCAGAGAACGUGAUGGAAGAACAUAUGAACAUCACGGACGACUGUUUCUAUGAGCAUUCAUCCAUACUGCGCGAGCUCCAUGGGCAAUCAUUUUGAUGCCAAAUGAUGCAGGAUAUAUGAUUCGAGUGUCACCUCAGGAGAAUGUGUAGCUCCACAUUCUGAUGGGCAUGUCGGCAACUCGAAUCAGAAUAUGGCCUGUUUGCAAGAGAGGUAAUUUUACUUUUACUCUUUGUGUUGCUCUCUGAGCUAGUUAUUACAUGAGAAUGGUUUGUUGGUUUUGUGCGGAAAAUGCGGCUGAUUUAUGUUAUUAAUAAGGCUUUGUACUUGUUCCUCGUGCCUGGAUUGAUGUCCAUCAGCAUAGAUAUUCUUCACUUUAGAAUGAAAAUUAAGUCGGGUCUAGUCUCUCUUUCUUUUUUUUCUUUUUAUAUUUCCCCUUUUCAUUUCAUCAGGGAAACUGUUUUUAGAUCUUCGUUAACAUCUGUCCUGUUGUGGUUUGACUUCCUCCCAAUACAUCAAUCUUACGACUGGUUGAGUUAUAAACCUAGACAGAGUUCGCUUUGAAUUUGGAGGUUUAUUUGCAUUUUGUGUAGCUUUGUUGUGUCAGUGUUGAUCCUUGUAUGAAGGGCAAAAUGAAGCGCUGUGCAUCACUGUUAUUGAGUGAUUGCGUGAAAGGGUGCAGGUGAGGAAUUCAAAGGCAUCAGGCUGUAAAGUUGCAGUAGAAUAAAAGACGAGUAGUCAGAAGGUCGGCCUGGUCUUAGUUAGUGGAGCUGGGCGCGAAGCGGAAUAUUGAUCAUAGAGAAAACAAUUUGUGGGUCUCUUGCAAUUAACCCCUCAAAUGAUGGGACGCACAAAACGUGUCCUUACUUGACAUGUGUCAUGAGGCAUAAGUACUUCAUGAGGACGUUGAUAAUGAAGUUAAUGUUUCGUGGGUUCAACUCUAACAUCAACAGCGGAAUUCAGUAAUAUACGCACAAGUAUUCGAGAGUGUUGGAUUAAUCUGAAGAUGUGAAGGGAGAUAUGUACUACAGAAGAAAGUUGAGGUCAACAGGCAGGUGAAAGUUAUGCAUAACAGACUUACCGACUUGACAGGAUCGGAUAAAGUAUUAGCUUUACCUCUUGCGUCGCACCUAACUUCAUUGAAACCCGGUAUUUCUUGCUUGCUUAAGGCGUUAUUCCGAAUUGCAUCUCCUAAAGCCGACGUGAUUGGUGCCGAGUCCAUGUUGUGUACCUCAAGCAAGUGGGUUUUGUUUAUUUGCCUUAAUCAAUACGUAAAUGGUGCUAGGUUUCGGCCACAGAUGUUCGUUCUUUGUUUUGAAUGAGUAUUGAGGUAUAUGUCGAGCAUCUUACAAUAUUGACAAUUUAUGGUAUAUUUUUGAGCUAUGAAGUCAGCAUGUCUCAUCACUAGAGAGGUUCAUGGACCAUUCAGGCAGCCACAACUGUCCAGAAAUUAAUCAUUUUUGGGUACAGGAUUCAAGAACUAUCUAUUGACCCCUUACAUGUCUGAGCUUUGAUUCCUAUACAGAAGCAUCUUUAUAAUGUAGUUGAUUCCUUUCUGGUCAUCUUUGUACUUUUCUAUGAUUGUUUGUCCAUAGGAAAUUUGUUCGAAGUCGAAGCUUUUGCUAUUUUGACCGCAUAACUAAUUUGCUUUUGCUGUUUUUUCAGGUUUGUAAUUAAAGUAUGAAACUAUGUUUAUUACAAGGGCGUUAAUGGGCAGAGAUUAAAUUACUAGUUCUUUUCGAAUUGAAAGAAACUUAGUUUUUGUAUAGUAAAUUAUUAUUGUGAAGCUUUUAGUAAAAUAAAAAUUCUGAAGUUGAUUACA